AUGAAAUGCCUGGUCAAUGGAUUGUCAGAUCAGAAUUUUCUUCCAACGAAAUCGAAUCGCCUAAUAAUCAGUUCUCUCGUGGAUUACGAUGAUUCGGAAAGCGACGAAGAUGAUUAUUCGAAAUCAAAUUCUUUGGGUGUGUUUGUGCAAAAUGAAAAUAUGUGUGCCGGACGAGAGAGGGAGAGUUUAAAUUUUUGUGAAGGAAAUACUUCUUUGGUAUCGACGGACGAUAAUAGAAGUGUCUGCGUGAGUGAAGUGCCGGAUAUUGAAUCUCAAAUAAUGUGUACAUCAAUUGAAAAAAACAAUGAUUCAGACAUGGCCAUUAGUGAUGGUGAUGAUGAUGAUGAUGACCUAGAGGGAGAAGGUGAUGAUAAUUCAUUUAAAAAAUAUAGUAUUAACGAGUAUAUAUCGGUGUCUUGUGCUAACGAAACAGGUUCCGAGAGAAAAGUUUUACUACCGCAAGAAACGAUAGUUAUUUCGGAAAAACCGGUAGAAGUUACUCAAGUUAUAAAAAAAAUUAACGAGAACGAUAAAAACAUUGGCAUGAGUCAAAUUGAUAAUAAUAUGAUUAAUUUGAACGUGUAUAAAAAUCACAACAUGGAUUUUAUUAAAUUAAAAACCAAAGACUGUGAUAGUGGUAUCGAGGAAGGAAUCAAAAUGAAAACUCCUUGUUGUUUGACGCAACAAAAAAAUGUUGUUAAUUCGAGUAAAAGAACUUAUCAAUCGUUGAAAUCAGUAAGAAUACCGAAAAAAGGAAAUAGAAAAUAUGAAUUUUCCGGGAAGAGACAAAAAGUGGAUGAAACUUGA